AUGAUCAAAGUUGGAAAAGAAGAAUUUCAUGUUCAUAGAAAUAUUCUUUCUGCAGCUUCACCUUAUUUUAAUGAAAUGUUAUCCAAUGAUACAAAAGGAAAACAGGAUGGUUACAUGGAAGUCAAUGACUUAGACCUGGAUGUGGUGAAACAGUGUGUUGAUUUUAUAAACACUGGUAAAGUUGUGCUAACAAUGGAUAAAAUAGAAAACCUAAUUUUUGCUGCAGAUUUGUGGAAACUAUGCGACCUCGUCGAUACAUGCUCCGAAUACUUGUUGGAUAAUUUGAGUGUUGGAAACUGUAUACAGUUCGCAAACUUGACUCAGGCGUAUAACCAGAAAGAUUCAAAGCAAGAUAUACCAAUAAUCAAGUUAGAAGAAUUAUCAAAUGAUUUUAUCAGAGAAAACGUUAAAACAGAGCCUCUUAUGAAUGAGUCCAUGGAAUGUAAAGAUUUACUGAUAGAUGCUAUGCUUGAAACCAGGAGUGAAAAUUUAGAGAUACAGAACACAUUUCUGCAGGAAGUAGAAGAGUCAAAUGAAAUUGAUGAAAAUGAGGGACCCCAGCCUUACUUUGUGGUACUUCGUGAAGAAAGUCGCAUCCUUCAUAAAUUUAACUGUAAUAAAAAGAUUGGUCACAGAUUAUGUGUUACUUUCAAAGGCUUCAUAUAUGUCAUUGACAGAUGGAAAACUUCGUCAUAUAGCCUAGAAGAAAAUACAUGGACUGAAUAUUUAGAAGGUUGUGGGUUGGGGCGAGGAUUUGCAGUUACAACGUCAGAUUCAUACAUUUAUGCGAUGGGAGGUGAAGAAACAAGUAAACAAGCUGAAGAAUUUGACAUAAACACGAAAAAGUGGGAACCAAUUACAAGCAUGAGGGGUUCGAAACAUUUCUGUUCAGCAAUAUGGUUCAAUAACAACAUCUGUGUUCUUGGCGGUUAUAUCGCUUUGAACUCAAAGGGAUAUUAUGUUGGUGGUAACUCAUCCUCUGAAGCUUAUACAGAUUCAGUCGAUAGCUGGAGCAGCAUAAACGGCUGGAAUUUAGAUAAACAACACACCAAGGCAUUUAUCAUAAAACAGGAAAUUUAUCUAAUUGGUGAUAGUAACUAUGUAACAGUGCUAUUCAUGUCAGGUGGAAAAUACGAGAUGAAAAAUAUAGAUGUUGGUGGGAAUUGCUCAUCAAUUGCAUGUCUAAUUUAUAAAUGA